AUGGAAUCCACUGAAAAAGACGUCAAAGCUAGAAUUGCACUUGCAUGGGUCGCAUUUAGGAAGCUCCAGUCAAUACUGAGAUCACCAAAACCAACAGUGAAAUUCAAGAUCCGACUUUUCAAUGCCGCAUUUGGUACAUUAUGGUAUCGUGCUCCUGAACUUUUAUUAAACUGUUCUCGUUAUAAUCCAUCCAUAGACAUAUGGUCAUGUGGCUGUGUAUUUGGUGAAAUGAUCCAUGGGGAACCACUAUUUAACGGUAAUGAUUUUUUGCAAGUAUUCAAAAAAAUAUUUUGUUUAGUUGGUUUACCAACAAAAGAACGCAUGAAAUGGAUACCAAAAGAUCAAUAUGAUCUUAUAAGCCAAUUCUAUAAAACACCACUAACCAUGCGAACAUUCGAUACAUUAUUCGCAUCACAUUUUCCGAUUGAUCAAGAGGCAAUACAAUUAUUAACCAAUUUAUUGCAAGUUAAUCCCGUUGAACGUUACACAAUAGAACAAGCUAUGGGACAUUCAUAUUUUAAAAAUAUCUUUAUUAAUGAGAAUGACGAUAAUGAAAAUGAAUCAGACGAAAAGUUAAAUUUUAGCAAAUUCGAUCAACUGAAUGAUUUAAAUGAUAUAAAACAGUUGAUAUAUGAUGAAAGAAAGCAUACUAUCAAUAAAAGAAUAUGGUAA